AUGGCCGAGCGUCUGCAGCCGGUGCCCCUCAGCAGCGCGCCCACAGAUCAGGCUAUCCGUGUCGUGCGUGCCUUCCAGUCGGGACUCGAUCGGCGGGAGCCCUCGAUCGCCGGCCCGUCGGCGUCGCGUUUGCGCGAGAUCUCGCGACAGCUCCGGUUACAGGUCGAGCAGGAGCGACGAGCAUCUCGCGCCGGGUCAAAGGCCAACGUCACCGCCUUC